AUGGAAGCAAUGAAUGAAGGUUUGAAUGAUUUGGAAAUGCAAUCUUUUUUGCCUUAUUUACUUUUGAAGUGUGGUGAUUCAAAAGAUUUAAUUAGAAAUCAAGUUCGUAAAAUUGUACAUGUACUCAAUUCAAUUUCUGUCCCGUCAAAAAUUUUUCCACUUAUUCUUGAUAGUUUAAAAACUAAAAAUUCGAGACAAAAAGCUGAGGGAUUGGUAAUUGCUGAUUCAUUAAUAGAGGUUUGUUUUGGUUCUUACUUCAAUAAGUUUGUUCACUUUCAUUUAUUGACUGGUAACGGCAUCCUCAGGGGAUUUAUCUUUAAAGCCCAAAUCAGUCAGGGACAUCCUUAG